AGUGUCAUUAUUGAAAUUUAUUUCUUCUUCUUUUUUCAAGCUUUUGGAACCCAUUGCUGCUGAAGUAAACAUUCCAUGUAAAGUAGCCAGUGAGUUAUAUGAUGUGGUUGAUCCAGACUGUACAUGUACACCAGUAGAAGAAAAUAGAGUUCACGUUAGUAAUGUUGCAUCUUUACCUGCGGAGUCUCUUAUUCCUUACCAGAACUUUCAGACCACAGUAACUGACAACACAGUUACAACAGCUAUAGGUGAACCCUUCCAUGUACAAACAACUUUCAAUGAACAUGGUAAAGAAGUUGAUAAUUUUAAUAGUGAUACCAAGAAAGAUGUAUCAGAGGAAAGAGAAUUUAAUAAUAUUAAUGAAGCCUUUGAUGCUCAUUUCGAGGAAAUUGUUUCAAUUUUGAGUGAUGAAGCAAAGCUGAGAGAUUCAGAUCUUCUAGCAGACGAAAAUGAAUCAAAUGCUACAUAUGAUCCUGAAAUUGCUGAACAUUUAGGUACCGUAGUAGUAAAUGACAAUAUAACAUGUGUAGAAAAAGAGAAGGAACAAGUGGAUGACCCAUGUGCAAAACCUCUGUAUGCUGAAUCGCCUCAUACAUUAGGAGUGACAAUAUUAUUAAUUUCUUGCUUCUUAAUACGAUUUCGUUUACCAGAUGAAGCUCUCACCUACAUGCUACGUUUGAUAGCAUGUAUAUUACCUCAUGGACACCGUCUCAUGGGAAGUCUAUACCAUUUCAAAAAUAUGAUGAAACAAUAUUCUUCUGACUUGUUGCCCACAAUUAUUUAUCACUGUAACAAUUGUUACUCAUCAAUUGAAAAAAGUAGUAAAACUUGUCCAUCGUGUGGGAAGUCACUUACUCGAACAGGUGCAGUUGCUUACUUCCUUCAACUGAAGAUAGUGUCUCAACUAGCUUCGCUGUGGAAAAAUUCUGAAUUUUGUGACAUGGUACGCAAUCACAGAUUUCAACACAUUGAAAAAUACAAAGGGCGCAGACUGGCUGAUAUUUAUGAUGGAAUUUUGUAUCAAAAGCUCUUUCGUGAUAAUGGUGUUCUUAGCAAUGCAAACAAUAUUUCAUUUUCUCUUAACACAGAUGGCGCUCCAUUAUUCAAGUCAUCUAACAUCAGUGUUUGGCCAGUAUAUCUUCUUAUAAAUGAGUUACCAAUAGCUCAUAGGAAAAAAAGGAUGAAUUCACUUUUCUAUGGUGUUUGGAUCUCAUCAAGUAAGCCUCAGAUGUGGUCAUUUUUAAAACCACUGUUUGAAGAAUUAAAACUGCUAGAGUCAGAUGGUCAUUUAUUUACUGACUACUUUGGAGAAGUGUUCAACUGUAAAUGUGUACUACUAACAUGUACAUGUGACCUGCCUGCCAGAGCACUUGUUUAUAAUUGUUUGCAGUUCAAUGGCGAUAACAGUUGUUGGCAUUGUCUUCAGAGGGGUGAAACAUAUAAACAUGAAACUGGUGGAAUUUCGCAUAAUUUUCAAUAUGAUGAGCAUGAUCCAAAGGGCCCUCCUAGAACAAAAGAAAGUGUUAAUCUAGAUGUUGAUAAAGUAAUGGAUAAUGUCAGACGAAAUGUAACACAGUCAUCCGUGAAUGGUCAUAAAGGGAGGUUUUGGUUCAUGUACCUUGAAACAUUUGAUUACAUCAACAGCUGUAUAAUUGAUUACAUGCAUGGAGUUUGCCUUGGUGUAGUAAAAACGCUACUAACUAUAUGGUUUGACAAAAAAAACAAAGACAAAAAUUCCUCUUUCUUCAGUAAAAGAGGAUUAGUGAAUUGUGUUCUGCAGGAAAUUAAACCAACCAUUUUUGUAUCAAGAAUCCCAAGAGCUCUCGAUGAAAUUUCACAUUGGAAAUCCUCUGAAUACAGAAACUUUUUACUCUACUGGGGCAUUCCUAUUUUACGAUAUGUCUUAGAUAUGGAACUUUACACUCAUUUCUGCUUACUUGCCAGAUCUAUUUUUCUAUUAUCGAAGGAAGGUGUCGCUUUUGAUGAACUUCAGACUGCAGAAUCAGCCUUGCUGCUGUUUGUAGAACAUUUCCAAAUAUUGUAUGGGGAAAGGUAUAUGACAUUUAAUGUACAUCAGCUUGUGCAUCUUACAGAUUGCGUACGUCAUACAGGGCCAUUAUAUGUGAACAACUGUUUUAUAUUUGAAGACUUAAAUGGAUAUAUUGUGAAGCAAAUACAUAGCACACAAGGUGUAGAUACUCAGUUAACCAAUAUUAUUUCCAUGCUUAGAGUACCAUCUAGAAUGUACACAUUAUAUCUGAAAGAUACCACAAACCAGGAAGCUAUUGAUCUCUAUAAUGAGUUAUCAGACAGUGUUACAGCAAGAUACAAACAAUUGGAUGAAAUAGAAGAUGGCAUAAGACCAUUGGGUAGUGCAACAUGGAAACAUUAUUUUGGCUAAGGGGAGCUUCUGAAGAAGUUACCUGUAUUUACCCAGGAUGAAGUUGGUGUCUUGGGAACACCAGAGAACAAUGGCAGUCUCCCCUGUAAAAAGAACAUCAUUGGGGAAGAAUUUUAACAGCUUCCAUUGUAACAAGGAUGUGUACCAUUGAGAAGACUCCUGAUGCUGAUUGUAGUAACCUCAUGAGAAGCGUCUUGGGUAUAACCAAACCACAUGAUGAGUAAAUGCCUGCUCUCAAAUACGGCAGACAGAUGGAAGGGGAGGCAAAACUUCAGUCCAAAGGUCUUACAUGGAAGAGCAACACCAAAAGGGACGCAACUAUACAGGAAUGUGAUUUAUUUGUGCAUCUAGAUAUAGCUUACCUAGGAACUAUGCCUGGUGGUAUUGUCAAUAUAGUGUUGGACACGGAGGGGUUACUGGUGUCCUAUGGCAUUGCCAACAUCUCUUUCUGCCAAAACCUACCUUAUUUGGAAGACCUUGACAUUGGAAUGAAACUAAAGUUGAACAACCCAUACUACUACCAAAUGUAAAGGCAGCUCGAAGUCACAAAAAUAGAGUGAUGUGAUUUUUUCUUUAUGUUUACCAAGGCAGGACGUCGACAUCAUUUGAAAUUGAAUGAAGGUGUCUUGAAUGAUAUUAAGUGUUAUGUAAAAGAGUUUUUCACAGAACACUUAGCUUAAGGAGAAAUGCUACACCAGAGAAACUGAUAUAGAUGAAAAGUGGAGGAUAUGUACAAGAUUUUGAAAUUGAAAACUUUCAAAAUUUACUUUAUUUAGUCAUAAAAUGUAGAUUUAGUUGAAAGUAAUCUGAAUUUUUUUUUUAUAAAACCCUUCCUGGACUUGAACCUGCUAACCUACUGAGCCACUCAGGUAAUCAUUUUUAUAAGGAAUAGACAAAUAUUGCUGAUAUUUAUAUUUUUAUUCAUGUUUUAAAGGAAGUCGGCCAUUAUGACGGAUGUAGAGUACCUCCUUAAUGAAAUUAUAUGGCGGAGGGACAUAACUUGUAAUUUAUAUGGUAUGGGCAAUAUGUUUAAGAAAUAUACAACCACAUCUUCAAAUGUAUUGAUUUCUUAAUCAUUUCUUUAAUACUGGUAAUUGUAAUAGCCAAUUUCGACUUUAAAUUUUUUACAUUUCCAUAUGAGUGAGAGAUUCUUGAGUAGGAAGUUAAACAAUAUACAAUCAAUCAAUUUUUUUGCACCAAUAUGAAUGUUAUCUCUGUGUUAAGUCAUAGUUGAAAGAGCACAUAUAUUUUUGUGGAUGCACGAGUUCUCUGGGGAGAAUGUGUGUAUAUUCCUGUCUCGCUGGACAUUGUACUGAACUGCUGUUUUUUGUGAGAAACAACUAAGUUGGUAAGACGAUGAUGAACAUUGAGCGCAUUCCAUACAUUUGUUAGAAAAUGAUUUAGUUGAAUUGUUAUAUAAAGAAUGUUUUUGAAUAUGCCAAAGAGUAUUACAUAGUUCUGAAGAUUUAUGCUAACUAUGUUCACAGAAUUACAGUAUCAUAUAAUAAUAUAAUUCAGUGAUAGCUUAACAUGACACAGUAAGCCCAUGUUUAGUUAUUAUUUGCACAAAAGGGGCAUACUGGUUGAUUUCAAGCUUUUUGUAACUUCAGGGGCAAUAACUCUGUUUGGCGUGCACUAUUGAUACUUUUAUGCUCACCUGAGUUUUUCAGAUUGCCUGUUGUCCGUCGUCUCUCUGUCUGUCUGUAAACUUUUUACAUUUUCAACUUCUUCUCUAGAACCACUUGGUCAAUUCCUACCAAACUUGGAAAAAAGCAUCCUUGGGUGUAGGGCUUUCAACAGGUUCAAAUGAAGGGCUGUGCUCCAUUCAAAGGUGAGAUAAUCACAAAAAUAGGUUGGGUUCAUUUAAAAAUCUUCUUAAGAACCACAACGCCAGAAGAGCUAAAUUUACAUAAAGGUUCCUGACAUCAUGCAGAUUCAAGUUUGUUAAACCAUGACCCCUGGGGGAAGUUGGGGCCACAAUAGGGGAUCAGUUUUGCAUAAGAAUAUAUAGGUAAAAUCUCUGAAAAUCUUCUUCUCUAGAACCUCUGGGUCAGGAAAGUACAAAUUUACAUGAAAGCUUUCUGACAUAGUGCAGCUUCAAGAUUGUGAAAAUCAUGGCCUCUGGGGUUAGGUUGGAACCACAAUAGGGAUAAAAAUUUUACAUGCAUAUAUAUAAGGAAAAUCUUUAAAUAUGGGCCAAGGUGACUCAGGUGAGUGAUGUGACCCAUGGGCCUCGUUAUAUGAUUGUAAUUUCUCUCCGAGUAUGACUUGUCUGGUGCAGUCUGUGUUAUAAACUUCAAUUUUCUGAAUUGCCUGUGAUUAUGAUUGUGUUUAAUUGUGACUCUGAUAAGUCAGUUGGCUCAAAGAAAUAAAGAAUUGAAUUGAA